UUGUGGUCUCUACCUGUCAUGGGAGUUUCAUUUUGAAUUGCAAGUAAACUUAUUAGGAUGGGUAUUUGCUCAGAACUCUUCCUGUUCCUUGGGUCUGGGUGACAAGGAGGUUGCCCAGAGUAUUUCCCACAUGGAAUCCCACAAUUGCCUGAGGCAAGUGCCGCAAGCCUAUUUUUUGCCACUCUGCACCAUCGCUACAGCAUUAUUUAUCCUUUGGUGAUAUUUCCUCCCCUUUGUUAUUUUUUACAAGUGUGAGUUGUUGCAUUUUGGGAUGUCAGUGGAUGGGGUAGUGAAGAAGGCAAACGGCAUGCUUGCCUUCAUCGGUCAGAGCAGUACGUAGAAAAGUUAAGAUGUCAUGUUAUAGCAGUAUAAACAUGACUUCACCAAAAGCAUAAACAUCACCGGAAGGAGAGAUUGGAUAAAUUUGGAUCAUUUUCACUGAUGAAUCAGAGUCUAAGGAGCAACCUGAUGGAAGUACAUAAUGUAUAGUAUAUAUAUAGUAUAUAAAAUUAUGAAAGGCAUAGAUAGGGGCGACAGGCUUUUUCCCAGAGUGGAAAAGUCAAAGACAAGAGAGCAUAAUUUAUGAUGAGGUGGGAAGGGGGGGGUGGGGAGUUUAACAAUGAAGUGCGGGGCAUGUUCAUUACAGAGUGCUGGUGCAUCCAUGCACUGCCAGUGGAAAUGGUUGAAGCAGAUUUGAUAGUGACAGCUAAGAGUUAAGGGGCCUUUCGACAGACAUACAACCCAGCAGGGAAUAGAUGAUUAUGGACAGGAUUAGUUUAAUUUUGAAUCAUGUUGGCGCAGUGUGAGAAAGUGCUUAUUCCUGUGCUGCAUUGUUCUAUGUUGUUCAUGAACUCCUUUGAGGCUGUGAUUCUGGGUUGGACAGAAAAGAACAAGUCAGGGAUUGCGGAGUCAAGUAAGUGGGGUCUUAGCCAAAAUGUCGACAAUUCUUUCCCCUCCUGCUGAGCUCCAUCCAGCAGGUUAUUUGUUCUUCAUGUAGGUAGAGAUAUGGAAAAGGAAAUGGACACAAUGUAGGGUAGUGUAUGGUGGAGCAGGAAGGCAAGGAAUGCUAGCCUAGAGAUUGAGUGGACAUAAUAAAGCAGAGAUGUGCGCCAGGUUUCCAGGGAAUGUGGCACUGGUGAACAUCAGGAACCGUAUCAAUGAUUGGGGGCCAGGAAUGAAAGACAAAGAUCAAGAUCCAGGAAAAGCAGGGCUGGUGCUUGGGGGAUAGGGAAGGCAUCUGGGAAGAGGUACAGGAGCAUUAGCUGCAAAACCAGCAGGAUGCUCCUCAGCUUCUUCCCACAGGCUAUAAGACUGCUAAAUGGACUUUGCCCCCUGCCAAAGUAUCGCGCACCUACCACCAACCUGGACACACUGCAGCAGAACCACUGUCGUGCCGCUGCCGAUCGGAACGCCUGUUGAAUGUUUAGUAGAGUGUUAAAUUUGUUCAUGAUAUAUGUAUUUUUAUUUCUAUUUAUUUUUAAUGCACACUGAAUGGACACUGGUUGAGCAACAUUUUUUUGUUUCCUCUGGGUAUGUGAAUACUCAGGAAAUGACAAUAAAGAUAUACAAUACAAUACAAAAUCAGGGAUGCAAGCAGCAAAAACAUCUGGGUAUAGAGGUUUGAUUCUUCACACAGUGCACUGAAAGCCAAAAACUAUGUUCAUCUUUUCUGGGAUCUGGGUAUCACUGACAAAGACAGCACUUAUUACCCAUAACUAACUCUCUUUGAGAAAAUGCUUUUGGGGAGGGGUUGUUCCAGGAUUUGACCCGAGUAAACAUGAAGGGACAAUGAUACGUUUCCAAGUCACAGUGACGUGCGACUUGUAGCCAGUGACAUUCCUGUGUGUCUGCUGCCCUUGUCUUUCUUUGUGGUAGAGUCAGGGAGUUUCAGGACCAGGACACAUGCCCACACAGAACAUUGUCAAAACACUCAAUAAGGAAGAUAUUCACUAGGGAAAAGAAAAGCAACUUCAGGUCAUUAAUGAUGAACAUUACCAAAGGAAAAGCAAAUUAAAUUUUCUUUUUGUCUUUUAUAACCUUUAUUUAUGCACAACAUCCCUUAGCUUGUCUACGUACAUCAUGCAAGAGAAUCGCCACCAUCUUCGCCGUUCAGUGCAGGUGAUGGAUUUGACUUGUACAUCGACGGGGCUCGAUUCCUCCCAGAUGCAGUCACCAUCAGCAGAGUUACAGGCCGUAUGUUUGACCGGAACUAUAACCAAAUUGGUCCAGGUAUAUCUUCAGGGAUUGAUUUGAACAGCAACAUAUUUGAGCCAUUUUACAAUCACCGUGUAGAAUUCAGGAACCCCCGAAUGCCACCAUCAGCCACGUUGUUACUGAAGGUCUAUGCCAUCGAUAGAUUCAGUCUGAAGUUGGUUUUGAUUGGCUGGGCCGCUCUGAACGUCUUUGUUGAGUCAGGCAUUGGAACAGCACCAACUGUGGAUUCUGGAGUAGUUCAGAUCUCACUGAACGAAGGCGCUCACCAACUACGGUUGUACUAUGAUGGGCCUGACCCAGAUAAGCCAUUAUCAGUCAAUGCUGUGACAGUCGGAGGAAGAUUUAUUCCAUGUGCUACAUUACUGGUGAGAUUAGUGAAGAUACAAGCUGACAAGAACCUCCAACAUAUUGAGACGGACAAGGUGCCCAAAAUUGAAUGGACUAAACUUGGCCUUUUUCAGCCGAGGCCAAACUAUGAAGAUAAAGUAUACUAUUCGGACAAGGCCAGUCCAACCACAGGUGAAAAUGAUAUUUACCAUGCCAUGGUUAACAGAUCUUUUGUUUCAGUUCGAGAAAUUGUUCCAAUGAUAGCUGGCACCAAAGCACAAGACUUUAGCACAGAUACAGAACUUGAAAACUGGAUAUACAUGAAACUUUCAAAACUGGUGGAUGAUAAACCAGUGACUUUCAACUUGACCUAUAUAAGCAGAUACCUCACCACAUUUGGCAUCAAGGUAUCUGUGGACAGAGCCAGAAAUGUACCUUGGAGUAACUUUACGUUAGCUCUUGCUUCAUUCAAUCCACCAGGCGCUUACUAUUAUGGUAGCCCUUGGGCUAAAUAUGAUCACCCAGUUUUCAUAGAAAACAUAGAUUUCAACAGUCUGCAAAAAUGCCCAAUGUGGUUGGAUAAUUUUAAGUCAUUUCCAAGACGAGUUUACAACAAGUACCUCGCCUUGAUUGUUCAUCUUUAUGAAGUUGCUGUCUCCCCAUCUCCAGUGGAGGCUGAGGCACUUAAGUAUGAAAUUAAGGACCAGGUCUGGACUGCCUUCCAGGUGUUUUCUAAAGGUUACUGUCACACAGCAAUUUAUCAACUACCACUGUAUCAAGGAGCUCCCACUCAGGAUGCCUUGGCUGCUUUAGCAAGGGGAGAAUGCCCGAGUGUUCUGGAUGAUCUUGUUCAGAAGAAUACUAUUUUUCAGAUGAAAGGUGCAUCAGUGCUAGUCAGUAUUGCAGAUGGAAGGAGGGAUGAAGAGCUGGCAAGAUAUUCUGAACAACAUAUUAAUAGGUCAUAUUUGUCAUCUGAACUCUUGGAACAGUAUGAGCCAGAACCUAGUAAUAUGUUCCUGAGGCAGCUGAUUCCUGCUGGCCUGUCUGUGGAAGACUUUAAAAGACAAUUAUCGCAGAAAUUCAGAGAGGUAUGUACAUUAAAAUUAGAAACCUUAUUUAUAUGAAAGUUGGAGCUGUUCCCUUCAUUUAUGUUCUGCCAUUACUGAACAGGCAUGAUGUCCAAACAUUCUCAAAUCUGGGUUGCAUUUGACAGACAGAAUCAAGGCAUCAAGCACACAAAACUUGUAUCAUUCCCAACUGAAUGUUGCUGAUUCGGAUCCAUAAUGGGCAAAGCCAACGUAUUUGAACAUUUCUCAGGAGUUCAGAAAUAAGAUGUAUUGAAUCAAGUUUAUCUCAAAUCUAGUUACGCAAGAAAUCGCCACACUUGCUAUGCUGGCAAGACACUGUUCUUAUAGCUGAUGUUAGAGGUGUGCCAGACUGACCAAGCCUGAACAAUUCUCUUGGCAAUUUUUGCACCUCUAACUCAUGCCACAAGACCAUCACCUAAUUUAUUGCUCUUUCACAAUUGCCAUUUGCACAUUUGAAAAAAAUUCACUUUUUAACAAUUGUACCCACACAUUCAUUCCAGAGGAUGUCUAGGUAAAAGCUUCC